AUGGAAGUGAAGGUUUUUGUGGAUGGUAUCCCACGGGUGGUAUGUGGAGUAACAAGGGAAACAACAUGCCAAGAAGUGGUCCUAGUGCUGGCUCAAGCAUUGGGUCAACCCGGGCGCUACACGUUACGGGAGAAAUUUAAAGACUUUGAGCGGUGCAUGACACCCGAGGAACAUCUUCUGGAGACCCUGGAGAGGUACGGUGAGCAGUCCAAGGAGGUCCAGCUCAGUCUAUUCCACAGAGGAGCAUCUGUUUUGGAUGAAAUGGGCAAAGCAAAAGUAGGACGAUAUCAACCCUGUCCGCCAUUAAGGAAGAAAGAUGUAGGUUCCAGAAUGAGGAGGAGUAGUGGCUCCCUGAGCCUGCAUCGCCAAAGCUUGCCAAUGUUAUCCUGCUUAAGGGAAGAAGGUGAGAAGAAGCAAGAAGACCUGAAAAGGCCUAAAAGAAAGUCUCUGACACUCAUGGAGGAGGCCUGGGACUGGCUGGAAAGUCUGGGGAAAGGAAAGGUCUAUAGCACUGCCCAUGAUAAGGAAAGCAGUAAGUCGGAUAAAAGGAACCGCAUCUCUUUGGAUUUCUCACUCACUGUGGAAAAAGAUAACUCUGGUAGCAUUAGCAAAGGCAAAGGGAAAGGUCAAAAAGCUUUGAAGUCAGAACUGGACCAUCAAACCUCCUGCUGCAUAGGAAAUCAGACAAGGGGUAAAGAAAGCAAACACUCUAAAAAAACAAAUGAGGCAAAAUCCAACCUGUGUGGUUCAACUGCUGCCAGGACUGAGGAGAAAAAUACUCUCAGAGAAACCAUAAUAUGUCAGCUCAAGUCCUUGCAGGAUCUACAGGCCCAGAUAACACGUAUAGACAGGCAGAUUUUUGACCUCGAGGAACGUCAAAGGGCCAGAAUCGCUGAACAGCAAGCACAAGAGAGGAUAGUGGAAGAAGAGAUGGAGCAGAUCAGGUUUUGGGAAAACGAGUUACAAUCAGAGGAAGGUUACGAGAAGGAUUUGCAGUAUCAGUUCCUCGAGAUGAGAGCGAAGGCCGUGGAGUGCAAGGCUAAACUGGAGGAGUACAAGUGCAAAAUGCAGCGGCUUGAUUUUUUCAGAGGUGCCGCUCAAGAAGAUUCUGAGACGGCUUCAAAACUCAGCUCAAAUUGUGCCAGUGAAAUUCACGCCGCUUCGGCCCAGGAUGGCAAUCUGGAGCAGUCCAGUGCAGAUGGGAGUGUAAAUGUCAACAGGAAGUUCUUGCCCAGAGAAGACGCCAGCCAUCCUCACGCUCUAGUUCAUCCAAACCAAAUAAAGGAGCGGCGGCCCACUGGACCCACCGAGCUAAGGGAGUGGUGGACACGCUGGUCAGAAGCCCAUAGAUCUCAAUCGCAGACUCAGAAGGUGAUUCACCGCUCUGAGCUCACUAUAUAUUUGAGCAGUACCAAGGUUUAG